GACUAACUUAUAUAACGAAUAUUCACUUGGUAAUAUAUUAUCUAGUGGAAUAAUAAUAGUAACAAUAAAAUAAAGGAAACUGUUUAAUUUAUGUAACACAAAAGCCACUUAUGUGCUAAGAUAAUGGAUAAUUAUAUCAAUUAUAGAGCACUCAUCUGUUUCCAGGAGACAAAAACAGCUCUUCUAAUCGAUAUUAUCGGAUAUAUUGGUAAGGUGAGCUGGGAAUUAUAUAGAAUUGGUAGCGCAUAUUUAAUGAACAAAUUUCGACAAAAUUUUCAUAAAUAUUAAUGCCUAUCUCAAUUCUCGUAACUAUGGAAAUGCCGAGAAUAAUCUCUCUCCCCAUGGCGAUAGUGGUUGCCUCCCCGUACAAAAAUCGAUGAAAGCAGCAGGCACCCCCGCACUUCUGUCGAACUAUCAGUACGGUGUUGUUACUAUCCAAGACUGGUUAUAGAUAGAUUUGUGGAGGAGAAUAGGUGGAUUAAUGUUUAAAUCGAACGGAAUUACCCGGCGAAAAAUGCAGUCCGUCGUUCCGAUAUUCAAUGCUAAGAGGGAAAGACGAACUCUAUCCAUUUUCGCCUAACAUGGGAGUUAAAUUACAACAUACUGUAUCCGUUCUUCUUAGAAGAUCUGUUAGAAAUGCGACACAUAUACUCUAAUUUUAAUAAGUUUAUAGUAUAUUAAUUAUCGUAUAUAUUUUUGGCUUUUUGUCACAAUAACAAUACGGUAAUUUUCCUGUUAAAUGGAUCUGUUUCGAACAUCAUGAGUGGCUUCUUUAAUUCUGCUCUUCAGAACCUUCGUCGUAAAGUUCCGGCUAAUAAAGGUGUUGAUACCAGGAUGAAGUUCAGUAUUCAACCAUUUCCAGGGGACAGUGGAUUCUGUCAAUGGCAUGAUGCAAUGAAAAUGGUUGCUCGGUUACCUGGAGGCAUCCCACCAGAAUUUAGAAAAAGACUUUGGCUAACAUUGUCUGAUCGUCAUAUACAAACAAGAAAGAUUGAUUGGCGAACAACAAAACGUUUUUGUUUUAAUGAAAAAAGCAAUCCUGAUGACAACAAACUUGGUACACAGAUAGUUAAGGAUUUGCAUAGAACAGGCUGCAGCAUGUUUAGUGGUGAUGAUGCUGAACAUAAUCAAGCAUUAUUAAAAAGAGUUCUUUUAGCAUAUGCACGUUGGAAUAAAAAUGUUGGAUAUUGUCAGGGAUUCAAUAUGCUAGCAGCCAUUAUUUUGGAAGUUAUGGAAUGGCAAGAGGAAGAUGCCCUUAAAGUUAUGUUAUUUUUAAUAGAAGGUGUAUUACCUGAAAGUUAUUUUGCAAAUCAUCUUCGUGGAUUAUCAGUUGACAUGGCAGUCUUCAGAGAUUUAUUAGCUCUCCGUUUGUAUAGUCUUUCAAAUCAUCUUGAUAGGCUUCAGUCAGAAGCUAGAGAUAGCACAACUGGUACCAGUUAUGAGCCUCCUUUAACAAAUGUUUUUACAAUGCAGUGGUUCUUGACACUAUUUUCAAAUUGUUUGCCAAAAUCAACAGUUUUAAGAGUAUGGGAUUUGAUAUUCUUAGAAGGAAAUGAAGUAUUACUUAGAACUGCAUUGGCAAUAUGGGAUGGAUUAGCAGAUCGUAUUAUGACUGUAGAAAGUGCUGAUGAAUUUUAUAGUAUUAUGGGUGUUUUGACUCGUGAAAUGUUAGAAUUUGGACUAAUGGAUGCUAAUGAUCUUGUAAUGACAAUCUCAACAAUGGCUCCAUUUCCUUUUCCUCAAUUAAGUACUCUUAGAGAUAAAUACACUUAUAAUAUACGUCCUUUUACUUCAUCUUUGUCUUCACGCCGCACAUUUAAACUUUUCUAUAGUGAUGAUGAAGAUGACGAUGAUGAACAUAUUGUAAUGGCUACAUGGUGUGUUUCAAAUACACUUCCUUUAGCAAGAAACAAAGAUACAGCAAGCAGAGGACCAUCUCCUUCUUCUUCUGCAGCAUUGUUUACUGCCAUUAGUCCAGGUGCAGUAGGACCUAAUGUAGGAAAUACAUUACCUUCGCCAUCUUGUAGCAAUGUUAAUGCUGAACGAAUGACAUUAGACUUGUCAGCUUUAAAGAAACAAUAUGCUAAAUUGAAAGAAAGACAAAAACAAGCACACAUUAUUUUAACAGGAGGUUUUCAACAGCACAUUAGUAAUAAAGCUCAUCGACCAGUUGCUGUAAAUCAUUUACUUCUUGGGAAAAAGCCUUUAGUUAGGAAAAAUAAAAGAUCUCCAGUAACAACAUUUGCAAUGAAGCCUAUGAAAGAGAAAGAAUCUCCAACAUAUUCAUCUAAACAUUACAGUAAGCAUAUUAAACAACAAGCAACACUUCCAAAAGAAUCAGGUGAAACUAUUUCUUGGACACAAGUCAAAAAACAAAAAAAGAAAUCUAGCAGAGAAAAAAGCAAAGAUAGUUCUAACAAAAAUGCUGAUUCAAAUCAAACUAAAAAUGAAUCUGAUAUAAAAAUAAAUUUUAUUGAUUCAGAUAAUAGUAAAAUAUCUGAUAAUAGCAGUACAAGUAGUAGCUCCACUGAACUUUGUGAUGAAGACAUAACGGAACCUAGUGAUUAUAUGUCAUCACCAGAACCUCAUCGAAAAUUUUCUCAGUCUACUAACAACUCAAGUGACAAAGAUAAUAUCACCAGUUCAAAGGAAGAAGUUAAAAGCAGUGUGACCAUUGUUGAUAAAACAAUCAAUACAAAUCGAACUGUUUCAAAAACUUCCAUAUCAACUAGAGAGGGUUAUGAUUGGAGUAAAAGGCCAAAUAAUUUAACAGAAAAUAAUGAAUCAUUUAAAAGUGAAACUACUUUAGAAGUUGAUAAAUCAAUCAAAGAAUCUUCAUCUAGGCAAUCUGAAAGCAGCUCACUUACAUCAUCAUCCUCAUCAUCGUCAUCAUCACCCUCUUCUGUAAGCAGCAAUAUUGAAUUAUCAGAGAAAUCACUAAAUGACAAAUGUGAUGAUAUUAAAAUUUCUGAUACAGAUGAUACAAGUAGCGAAGCAAAGCAAAACAAUUCUGAAAAUUCUUCUGACAUGCUAAAGACAAAAAGUUUAAGUAGUGAUUCUGAUAGUGAAAAUAUACUUCCAUCUGAUGAUGAUGAUGAUGAUGAUGAUAGUGGUGGUGGUGAUGGUGAUGGUGAUGGUGAUCCUACUAAAAGAAAUGAUGAUGUUGGUGGUGAUGAUCCUACUAAGACAGAUGAUGACGAAGAUGAUGACAAUGCAAAACUAAAGUUAGAAGAACCUGAAGAAUCAAAAAUUGAAAGCAGAACCCUUAAAACUCCAACUCUCUCAUCUUUUAAAGAAAGAAGAGAACAAAUUUAUGCUCAAACUUACAGUCCUUUUCCCACUUUAAGAAGAAGUUCAAUAAGUGGUUCAGUUCGUGAAGUUGGUAUAAAACUUGGCAUAUAUGGUACAGAUAAACAGAAAAUGACAAAAGAAGGAAAUCAGUCACUUGAAACAAAUACAUUGCCUUCAACAUUUCCAAGAUGAUGAAUACAAUUGAACUUUAUUAGUCCAGAUAGUUCCUAGUGCCAAGAACCAAAAAAUGCAGAUGUAAUUACUGUUCCCGUAUUUGUCAAUCUGAACAGAGUUUGCAUUGUUGGCAACUGUGAUAAGAUCAUGCAAUUACAGAGACAUUAUUACUACCUACAUGUGCCAAAAUAGUAAAUUAUAUUAUGGCAUGUAAGGGUACUUUAAUAAAUAAAUAAAUUUA